AUGCCUAUCACGACCGUCAUCUCGUUGCACCAAACACUCAUCUACGAACAUCACGACUUUUUUAUUGCUUCGCAACGUCCAGCGGCCAGUCCAGUCGUGAGGAGCCAAGCUGAAAAGCACCAGAUGCCUGGACGCAUGUGGCGCUACGGAAUCCAUUCCUGCCUCGAACUAUUGCUGGAAAGACUCCUUGCUACACCUUUUAUGCAAGACCAUAUAUUAGGCUUCAUAUAUUUCUCGUAUUCGAUGGUGACACUUCUGCUAGAGCAGGUCCCGAAUUUCAAGGGAACCUGGUUCGAAUGUCUGGGGGACCUAGCGCGCUAUCGUAUGGCAGUGGAGGAUACAGAUGUCACGGUCCGCGAUAUAUGGGCAGAGGUGUCUAGAUAUUGGUACAAUCAGUAUCUUUAUCAACGUUCUGAACCCGGCCGAAUCCAGCACCACCUUGGCGUCCUCUCUCGCUCGGAUACUUUGCAGCGGUUCUUCUACUACUCGAAAGCAUUGCUCAGCGUGGACCCAUUUGCAAAUGCGCGUAAGAGCAUGAUUCACCUGUUCAACCCUAUCCUAAGAGCACCCGCUGACAGACACACACUGAUCACUUCGUUUGUGGCCGCCCAUGGUGUUCUUUUCUUGCGCAUGCCAAGUGAGCAGUUUGAUGCUCGGUCAAACUUCUUCCUUGUGAAUCUUCGCCAGGGGGCUAGCCGGUUAGGCCGAGAGGCACAGCAAGGCAUUUUCAUCACGUGCUGCAAUAUCGCUGCGAUUUUCCAGUAUGGGGAUGAAAAUGGAGCUUUUGCUACGGAUUUUGCUGGCGACCCAAGUACUUCCACUGCAGACGCCUAUGUCAAUGCCAAGCAGUGGGCAUCUACAACAGCACCUAUCGACUUAAACAUAGACCUGGCUUUGCACCUCCCCGCGGUGCGGAAUCUCAGAACCUGCACCGCACCUCAAGAGGUGCAGGUGCAGACUUUCGCACCUCAACCAACCCUGAGGGUCGGGAGAGUCGAUGGAGGGUAA